UCAUGACUUCAUCAUGAGCAUAUGUGUGUCAUGUGACAUAAUAAACAUCAUUUGAAGGUGACCCCACAACAGAUGGAACAUCAGGAGCACGAUAAAACCAAGAGGAGAAAUGAAGCAAAUGACAGAGAGCGCAAGAGGAUGAAGCAUUUGAACGAGUGUUUUAACGAUCUCAGAAAGGAUUUCGGCUGGCAGUUUCACGACCAAGACAGGGUCAGAAGCAAAGUUCAAGUUCUGAAAGACGCUCACAUUUACUUACGGGAGUUGGAGAAAAGAGUCGAUCCACAACUACUCCGCGAACUACAAAUCAACUUUAACCAGUAUCGAGACCAAGCAGAAUCUUCCUGUGUCACGCCUGAGCUGGGGGAAACUGAGCCAGUAGUAGAGCCUGACAAGAGCCUGGGGACUGCACUUGCAACCUGUAAACCUGGUGAGAAGAAAGGUCGAGUAGAGACAGCUCCAGAACAAGUUACUAACGGCAUGAUGAGUGAUCAGGACCAACUCCACAGCUGCAAGAGAAUGUUCACUCAAACAACCACCUAUCAUGAGUACGAAUGGGCUGAAGGUGUGCCACCGAUAGACUUUUGGGGGCCAGGUAGAAAGCCCUCCGGCGCUUAUUACAUUCAGCCGCUAAGUCAGGAUUUCUCGGCAGGCUGGGCUCAGUCUAGUAGGCUGUUAGAUGGAUAUGAGCAAGAUGGUGCAAAGCGCCGCCGGGUUAGCUAAAGUAUCAUCACGAACACAGCCUUAGAUUUUGCAGGGUCCAGGAGCAGGGGCUCUUCACUGUGGGGUCCAGGGCCAGGGACAGGGCCAGGGACAGGGCCUCACAACUGCAACUGACAUUGGGAACUUCUCCAAAGUCAUCUCAAAUUUGUUAGGAAAUUAGAAAAUGCAUCUUAUUGUGAAAACCGAAAUUUGUCUUACAAACGAUACAAAACUUUAUCGUGAUAUUUUGAUAAGUUUUUACUAAGUCAGGAUAUUUCAUCGAGAUUAUUGUGUCAGUGACUAUGACCAAUGUGACACAUUAUGACAUUUUUGAUUUACU